AUGUUCUCUAAUGCAAUAAAAUUAGAAAAUUUAAAUGAUUAUUAUAAUGAGGGUGAAGAAUGUAUAAAACCAUUUUUAUAUAAUUCUGAUAAAAUUAAUGAAAAUAGGCAAGAAAAAUCAAAUUUAAUUAAUAUAAAUAAAAAGAAUAAAAGAAAUAAAAAUGAAAGAGGAGAAAUAUCAUUAACAGAUUGUUUAGCAUGUAAUGGUUGUGUUACCAAUGAAGAAACCAAUUUUUUAAAAAGCCAGAAUGCACUUGAAAUUUUGAAUAAUUUGAAGAAAAAAAAAAUUAAUAUAAUUUCUUUAUCUUUACAAAGUUUAACAGCUUUGUCUGUGUAUUAUAAUUUACCUUUAUCAACUACUCAAAAUAAAUUAUGUUUUUUUUUAAAAGCACUGAAUUUUGAUUAUGUUUAUGACUCAUCAUUAAGUGAACUGAUAGCAUUAAAUGAGGCAAAGAAUGAAUUUAUUGAUUUUUUUUGUAGAAAAAAUCCAGAAUUACAUAAAAAAAUUGAUAGUACCCUAUAUGAUAUUUUUGAGAAUAAUACAAAUGAAAAUGAACUUAAUAACAAAUUUAAAUAUAAACCUAAUAAUUUUAAUGAAGAAUUAAAAAAAAAUAAUAAUGAAAAAUUUAGCGAAAAGAAAUACAUAAAUAAAAAAUUCAGCCGUUAUAAUAGUUACAAUGGUAGAGAAAAACAAGAUUACAAUAGGAAAAAUUAUAAUAACAAUAGUAACAUAAUAAUGAAUAAUUAUAAAUACACAAAUGAUCAUAUAGAAUAUGGAUAUAAAACCUCAAAUAUGCUCCCGUUAAUUUGUUCUCAUUGUAGUGGUAGUGUUAUAUAUGGAGAAAAAAAUUUUGAGGAAGAACUACUAAACUCGUUUAGUAAAGUAAAAACCAGUCAAGAUAUUCAAGGAAUAAUUUUGAAAAUUUUACAUUUGCAUAAUGGUUUAUGCACAUUUCCCUUAAUAGAAGAUUACUUUUUUAGCAAUUUCUUUAAAUUUUACAAUUAUAAUAUAAAAUUCAUAAAUAUAUGUAGAAAACAUUUUUUAAAAAAUCGUCUUUUUAAAAGAAAUAUAGAAAAUAAUAUUUUGGAAAAUAAUGAUGAUAAUAAAUUAUUAAAAACAUCUCCCCUAACGAUUUAUGAUAUUAAUCACGUUUAUUUAUUAUAUUGUUUUGACAAAAAAUUAGAAGCCCAUAAAAGUAACAUAGAGCAACAAAAAUCAAUAGAACAAAACAUGACUAACUAUUUAUCUCAUUUUAUUUCUUGUGAAAAUAUAUCAAAUAACAAUGAAAAUAAUAUUGGUAGUGAUUCAAAAAAUAAAUUUUAUUGUGUAGACGCAGUUUUAACAACAGUAGAAUUAAUAGAAUUAAUAAAAAGUAUGAAUAUAGAUUUUUAUACAUUACCUGAAUUAUCUAUUGAUAGUGUUUAUAGUAUUUUAAAAGAAACUAAUAAUAAAAUAAGAAAUAUAAAUAAAACACAUUGUCAGAGUAUUAAAGAACAAUAUAAAAGUACAACAAUAAAUACAAAAUUACAAAAAGAAGAGGAAAAAAAUGUAAUUGAUAAAAAUAUAUAUAAGCAUAAAGUAGCAAAUGAAAAUAUAACAAAUUCAAAAGAAAAGAGCAUAAGUAAAAUUUUAGAAAAUGAACCUUUUAAUAUAGAAUAUUUUGCAAACAAAAAUAUAGAACUUAAAUAUAUUUAUGAUAAAAUUUCGAAUUAUUCUAUUAGAUGUGGUAAUAAAAAUAAUAUUUCCAUGGGAUAUGGAGAAGAGAUAUUUAAGUAUGUAUGUAAACAAAUUUUCAAUUUUAAUAUUGAAGAAAAUAAUUUUAAUUUUAAAUAUGAAGAUAUUAUUGUAUUAUCUCUCUUUAAAAAUAACAAAUGUGUAUUUAGAGUUGUUCUCUCAUAUGGUUUUAAGAGUAUGUACAAAGUUAUAAAAAAAUUAAAAGAGAACAAAACUAAGGAAGAAAUUUUUGAUAGUGAAAUGAAUGAUGAAGAUACAUAUGAAAUUAAGAUUACAUACAAUCUUAAUUUUUUAGGAAAAAUUGAUUAUGUUGAAUUAAUGGCAUGUGAGAAAGGCUGUCUUUUUGGUUGUGCACAAAAUAUUUUCUCUGAAUAUCCUAAUAAAUUUUCCAGCUGUUCAUGUCACAAUUUUAAUAUUUUCAAGAAAUUAUAUAAUCAAAAAGUUAUUGAAAAUUUUGAUUUUCUUUUUUUAGAUAAUUAUUCUACAAAAGAAGAAAACAGUUGUAUAUGUUCCAGUGAAAUACAUAAAAAAACAUAUUUUAAUAAAACAAAAAAUAAUGAGCAAUCUGAAGAAAAUGAAAAAAACAAUUAUGAAAUAUUAUUUGAAAAAAAUGAUAAAGAAAAACUAUUUCAAAUUUUAUAUGAAACAAUGCAUAGUAACAAAUUCACUUUAUAUAUAAAUUCCAAUAAAUGCACAGAUGAUUCUAAUGUUAAUUUUUUUUUAAAAAAUAUAUUUUAUAUUUUUAAUACGAGCACUUUUCAUUUAUUAAAGAGUACUUUUUCUUCAAAAAAAAAAUUGGAUAUAAUUAAUUGGUAA